UUCACCAGCAGCACCAAUCAUUACUCGUGGGCAGUCAACGUGGGCACCAGAGAUCCUCAUCACCAUCUCCUUCAAAAAAACAUACUUGUUGCUCAAGUUGAAUGGGGAUUUUUUUUUUAUUUCUUGCGCAUGCUAUGUUUGUGCUCGUUGAUUAAUGCUCCAUAUAAAUUGCACCAAUUCAUUAUGCCGUUCUGAGCACAGAUAGCUGAGUUAUAUGGGCAGUUUCUAAAGAAGAAGAAGAAGAAAAGAAAGUUAUCAUUUGUUUUUGUUAAAUAUCAGAAACACCUCCAGGAAAUACAGAGAAAGCGAGAAGAGAUGUCAGUUGGACUCGCAUUCUGGGUGUUCCUGGUCGUAGCAGUGGCGUGCGCGCUCGCCGGUGGCAGGACGAGCUCUGGGCAGCCCAGGGCUCAAAGGAAAUGUCCCAGUGGCUCGGCACCACGCGCGUGGAGGCACAGGAGCGACGCGACGUCGACAGUCUGUCAGAGCCUCUACAAGGGGCUUUCCUGCUGCACCAGAAGGAGCCACACUUACGUCGGGAAACACAAGCUGAAGCUGCUGGCGUCUCUGAACGGCACGGCGUGUCGUCGCUUCCUGGACGAGCUGGAAUGCGCACGCUGCUCCCCCGACGCUCGCCGCCUCCUGCUGCAGCUGCAACCGCAGCAGGAGGUGCAGUCCGCGGGGCGGUCGAGAGCUACGGGACGUAGUGGCUCCUCCCGUGCCGCCACUGCCACCACCGCCACCACCAUGCCCCUGCUCUGCCCGGACUACUGCGCCGAGUUCUACGGCGCCUGCAAGCCUCACCUGGCCGCGUACCUGACGGGGGCGGUCCCGGGCAGCGUGGAGGACUUCUGUGCCCUCUACUCGUCCCGGUCACGGGAUGGAGCCGUAACGACGACAGCGGCGGCGGCGGCAGCGGGGGCCACCGGAAUUUGCUUCCCGGAUUUCGGAAGGCGGACGUCCGGGCCACAAGGACCGCUCUCCAAUCACCUGGAGGGGGUGUCCGCGGACAGCGGAGAGGCGCAGCAUCCGAGCAAAAAGCGGCAGCGUGAGGGCUUGUGCCUGCUGCUGGUGGCGGACAGGCUGCGGCAGCCGGUGGGGGCCGUUCCCAGCCGGGACGGCACGCAGCGCCUCUUCAUCCUGGAGCGCGAGGGUGUGGUGCGCGUGCUGGCGCCACGCUCGGGCAUCUCCGCCGAGCCCUUCAUGGACCUGCACAAGGUGGUGCAGAGCGGGAACAAGCUGCUGGACGAGAGGGGCCUCCUCAGCCUGGUGUUCCACCCCGGGUUCCAGCGCAAUGGAAAAGUCUACGUGUCCUACACCACGAACCGUGCUGGCGGUGGAAUGGGGCCUCACGACCACAUCCUGCGCGUCUCCGAAUUCACGCUGUCGAGGAAAUCUGCCAACCGCGUGGAUCCCACGUCUGAGCGGACGAUGGUCGAGGUGGCGGAGCUGCACAGGAGGAACCUGGGAGGAGAGCUGCUCUUCGGAGAAGAUGGCCUCCUCUACGUCUUCCUGGGAGACGGGGAGAUCACGCUCGACGACAUGGAGGAAAUGGAUGGACUUAGCGAUUUUACAGGCUCGGUGCUCCGCGUCAACGUAAGCUUGGAGCUUUGCGAGCGCCCGUACGCCAUCCCUCCCGACAACCCCUACGCCAACGGAACUUUCCAACCGCCGGAGACCUUUGCCCAGGGACUCCGCAGUCCCGGCAGAUGCACCGUCGACCGGCACCGCAACGGCAGCGUGGACGGCGGGGGCACGAUGCUGUGCGUGGAGCGAGGGAGGGGCGGCCGGCAGGGAGACUCGGGGAGGCUGCUGCUCAUCCGGCGUGACCGCGACUACGAGUCGGAGCCUCCCGUGUUCCACUACAGGCCGGAGCACCCGAGCCCCCUAGUGGGGGGCCACGUCUACCGGGGGUGUCAGUCUCGCCGGCUGCAGGGCCUCUACAUCUUCGGUGACCACAGCGGGAGGCUGAUGUCGCUAAACCGUGCGUGGCAGCAGAGCCAGCUGCCGCUGGGAGGAGAGGACAUUUGCCAGGGGGGGCUUUCUGGCAGGCUGCAAGGCACCCUCAUUGCCGUCGCUCAAGACGAGACCGGUGAGAUGUACCUCCUGACAAACAGCAAGAUAUCAGGGCAGACUCACACGGGCCGCCUCUACAAGCUGAUGGACCCCAAGCGGCACAGAAGUCCUCCCGAGUGUGCGCGCGUCCUGGCAGAGCCGACGCCGCUUUCCUCCAAGUGUCCGCGCUUCUGCGGGAACGGACGCUGCUUCUCGUCGGGCAAAUGCUGCUGCCAGAGUGGCUGGGAGGGCGAGCUCUGCAACAAGGCUAAGUGUGAGCGGGCAUGUGCCAACGGAGGUGCGUGUGUGAAGCCCAACAAGUGUCUCUGUAAGAGUGGCUUCCAGGGAGCCACAUGUGACCAAGCCGAAAGGAGCCUGGGCUCAGCUUUCCGAGCCGGUCUCUCGCUGCUCUUCGGAAAUCCCUACCAGAAGAGCCAGGCCCUCAGCCAGCUCCCGCGGAGCCUCCGUAGGCUCAUCAGAGGCCGGGGAUCCAGGCACACACAGGGAGGUUCACGUAAAGAAAAUAGGCUGACAAGACCCACAGACCUGCCGAAAUCUCCCAUCACAACUGGAUACAAAGAUUUGGUGACAGAGGUGGGACGCAGGCCGUGAUCUCUUCAAAAGAAGGAGUUCAAAACAAGAAUUUAAUCAUCAAUUUGCCAUAUAUAUUACAAACACUAAAUAACAAAUGAGCAAAGAAACAACCACCAGAGUUAAAUACAGCACACGUGACUUUUGAAAGAAAAAAAAUACGGAUAAACCGACAGUAUCGUCAUUGAAUAAUGUAAAAUUAGCGUUUUAUUUUGCAUUGUAAAUUUAUUGGCUAAAACUAUACCCAGUGGUAGAGUCGUUUAAGGAAGGAGUUGUGGACACAUUUUGAACCCUAAUUGGGGGCUCAAACAAAUACCGAGGCCUGUCUUGUGCAGUCUAGAUGUAUAUCCCUGCCUUCACGUGUGCUGUACUUGCUUCAUGUUGUGCCUAUAAACUCACCAUAUCGAUCCUGCUUUUCAUGCAGCCUUUUUCUCAUGCAGCCCGUAACUUUGAUAAUGUACCAAAUGGUACAGUUCGUUUUGGAGUACAAAUUGAACAGCAAAUCAAUUACGUCUGAGGUUAGGUAUUAAGGAUUCGAGUGUUCCUUACGAUGUUUGCCAGAUGUUAUAUCCCAACGCCAGCAGUUCUCUAAACUCCAGCCUUUCCGAUUAACAACAGUUCCUCUUCAUAGUUUGACCAAUCAAGAGAUGCAUCCUAUGUAUCUUUAUAUACAUUUACAUUGAAUGGGGAAUCCUGGUGGACACGGGAAGAUGGGCUGCAUGGAGGCGUGAGGGAUGGGGUCUUGAGAACCACUCAUCAGUGUUAUCAAUGGAUAACCCGAUGAUAUUGUAAUAUUACGUUACAGAGUUGUUGCCAUUAAAACAUUAUUUUUAUACACAGUAUGCGUAAGAUGUAUUUGUAACGGCUAUGUGGGGGGGGGGGGACAUUAUAAUGUAUGCCAUGAUGAGCUAUGGCAGGGAACGGUAGGCAAUAAACAAUGCCACCUCUGAAGUGGUGUAGAAGGGUGGCUAUAUUUUGAGACGGUGUAUUCCGGAGUGACAGGGGUAGGGAUGUAUUCUCCCACUUCAAUAUGCCUGCACUGCAUGCGGACACGCUCUGAUUAUCCCACUGCCAGACCCGAAGUUGCUUCCACAAAUCAUUGUGCUCAGCUGAUAAUCGUGAAUUAUGCACAAUCCGAGAUUUACAAUCUAGCUAACAGAGCAUGUACAAAACAUAACACGCACACGCGCGCACAAAAGAAAACUUAAAAUGUAUUUCUUAGUCAGAUGUUCUGCUCUUUGGUUAGUGCCAGUUGCUUUUAGAUAAAAAAAAAAAAAAGUGGCACUACAUUUGUACAUUACUGUACGUUUUUUUUAAUUGUCUUAUUUAUUUCUGUGUCAUUUCUGGUUGACAAUGUUUAUAUGAUGUCUCACGAAACACUUUGUCAAUUGUCAACAUGAACAGUGACUCCCAUGAACAAUAACCAUCGUUGAGAUCAACGUUACCAGUUGUGUGUUUAGGUCAUAUGUGUAAAAAGAAAAAAAAACAAUCCAACUCGCAUACUAAAAACAAAUGUAUUGGGAUUUGCUAUUGAAUUGGUCACAGUGGAAUUAUCUCUUAGUGUCGAUUUCUGACAAAGGUGGAACACUGGAGCUUCACACACAGAUGAUGAACGCCGCCCUGUUCACAAUUUCAGAUGAUACUUCAAUCCCUUCGGUACUAUUACAACUUGGCUUGAGAAAACUACAACACGUAACGUUCCUGCUCAUGACCGGCAUCUCUCCAACUUCUAGUGUCCAAGUAGAGACACACUUUUAUCAACUUUUGGUACGAUGGACCAAUGAAAAAGCCGUUCUCAAACCAAACCCCCCUUUUCCCCUACCUCCCCAUGUUCUCCUUUUUUGUGGUGAUUUCAUUGGUGACGAUGUGACGACGAUGGUGUCUUCCUGUUGUCAUCUCCGUCAAUUCGCGCAGUCAGUUCUGUGUACCUGGUCUGUCUGCCAGGAAGUGUGUUUAUAGCCAUGCACACCGGGCACCCUAUACUUAACCAAAGUGGCCUCUUAGAACAUCACGUGGCUUGUGUGCACACUGGGUAGUUUGGUAUAUAUAUACGUUGGUUUCAAGUGGGAGUGGACACAUUGAAAAGGACACAUCUGUUACUUCAGUUAACCGUCUUCAAAGCAUGUCAAGGGUUGGACUCCUGUCUCAGGCUACGCACCGUCACGUGCGCAUUAUCCCCGCUCGCCGCAGCAUUUCAGGCGCGGUUGAUGUCGGGGGAAAAAUGCUCCGCUCUGAGGCUCGAAGGUCAACGCUUAAAUGAAAGCCUUUUUUUUUAUUAUAAACAAAGGUGGCCUUUGACAUACGUGGUCACUGUAACCCGAAAACAACUAAGCGCUACAUCUCCUGUAUAGUAUAUUUAAAUAUAUUACCGGUGUUUCUUGGUACGAUUAUUCAAAAGCACAAUGUUAUGGGUGUAUUUUGUAUGUCACUAUAGAUAUGGGGUUCUUACGUUGACAUUAAUCGCGAGUGUAUCGGUGCAUAUUUUUGUGACAUUUUUUAACUAAUUGCUUUGCUUUAUGAGUCAUUUAUCAAACCAUAUUUUGUAUUAGAGUGCCUAUUUAUAAGCCGAACACUGUAUCACUAUAGUAGCUUUAUUUAGCAAAUGCCAUAUUUAGUUUUGUAUUGGACCAGAAGGUAGGCUCCGUCACAGAGAUAAAUGCAUUACCCUUACAAACAUGAAAGUGACAUAAAGUGCCCUGGUGGAAACAUUAUUUGUAUUAUUAUUUUAAAAUUAACAUUACGUUGAAUGUUAAAGUAGAGAGACUGGGAGUUACAUUUGUAUUUAUGUUUAAAAUCAAAUAAAGGCUUUGUGUAUUGUA